GUAAAUAUGAGCAUUGCCAUACUUCCGAUGUCAGCAGAGUUCAAUUGGAACCCAGCGACAGUUGGCCUGAUACAGUCUUCUUUUUUCUGGGGCUACCUUCUUACUCAGGUUGCUGGUGGCAUUUGGGCAGAUACAGUAGGUGGCAAGCUGGUCCUGGGAUUUGGUGUAGUUUGGUGGUCGAUUGCUACAGCUCUCACUCCCAUUGCUGCUAAACUUGGAUUGCCUUUCCUUCUUGUUGUUCGUGCUUUCAUGGGUAUCGGUGAGGGUGUUGCUAUGCCUGCCAUGAAUAACAUUCUGUCAAAAUGGGUUCCAGUAGCAGAGAGAAGUAGAUCAUUAGCAUUGGUGUACAGUGGGAUGUACCUUGGAUCAGUCACUGGCCUGGCCUUUUCACCGUUUUUAAUCCACCAGUUUGGUUGGCCAUCAGUCUUCUACUCCUUUGGUUCUCUAGGAACAGUUUGGGUUUCUGUGUGGUUAAGUAAGGCAUAUAGUUCUCCUCUUGAGGAUCCUGAGCUGUUGCCUGAAGAGAAGAAGCUGAUCCUUUCCAACAGCGUUUCCAAGGAACCUGUUAAAACAAUACCUUGGGGACUAAUUUUGUCAAAACCACCUGUAUGGGCCCUAAUAGUGUCUCACUUCUGUCACAAUUGGGGAACAUUUAUUCUUCUGACAUGGAUGCCAACCUACUAUAACCAAGUCCUGAAGUUCAAUCUUACAGAAUCAGGCCUUAUUUGUGUUUUGCCUUGGCUUACAAUGGCAUUUUCUGCAAAUCUUGGAGGCUGGAUUGCAGACACGCUAGUUAGCAAAGGUUUAUCUGUGACAAGGGUUCGCAAAAUCAUGCAAACAAUUGGAUUUCUUGGUCCUGCUUUCUUCCUAACUCAGUUGAGCCAUGUUAAUUCUCCUGCAAUGGCUGUUUUGUGUAUGGCAUGCAGCCAGGGUACUGAUGCAUUCUCACAGUCUGGUUUAUAUUCAAAUCAUCAAGAUAUUGCCCCUCGAUAUUCCGGAAUAUUGCUUGGUCUAUCCAAUACUGCCGGAGUACUGGCAGGUGUGUUUGGAACUGCAGCAACGGGCUACAUCUUGCAACAUGGUUCAUGGGACGAUGUAUUCAAGGUUUCUGUUGGGCUAUACUUGGUUGGCACUGUAGUUUGGAACCUUUUUUCAACUGGGGAGAAGAUCUUGGAUUAAACUCAGAUAUGAGAUCCUUCACAUGCGGCAGUUCAAUCCUGAGAUUAUAUAGAAGAGUUCAACUAUAGGGAAUAGUGGAAAGAUGAAAAAGCAAGAGAUAGAUAAAUCAAUUUGAUGAAUGCAAGAUCAUUUUUACUGAUAUUCUUGGGACUUGGAGAUUUUGCCCAUAUUUUUUUCCCAUAUGGAGCAUGAAGCUUGAAUUUAGUAGAACUAUUGCCUCCCAUCUCUUGGAAUUAAGAUAACUGGGCACACUUCGAGUCCAUCUCAGUAGAGAAAGGAUACAUACAUAAUUGUAAAUGCUGUAUUUAGACUAACAUAUCAAUGAAGAGAUUAUAUUGUACAAAAAACUGUUCAACAAUUGUUUUUUUGGAUCCUUAUAGCUCUAAUGCUUUC